AUGUCUGCGCUUUUCAAAUUUAGCUCUUUGCUUCAGAUUAUUUUGUUAUUGAUUUGUUCUAGCACUUACGUGCAUUGUCAAUGGCCAUCUUUGCUGGAACGUUACAAGCAACAUGGUGUGUUGAGCAUAUUUUGGAAGUUUGCCAGGAUUGGUGAGAGGGCUAGCCCUUAUGUAUCAUUGGCGUGCAUUGUUAUGGUUGCCAACCAGUUUAAUAGUUGA